GUCCAUAAACGAGUUCGACGAGUCGGAAGACAAGGAGAAGAACUACAAGAACUGCUCACAGACGCAGCGGUCGUCCAAGUGGACGAGCAGCAGCUGCUCCUCCAAGGAGAAAAAGUCGCGGGCGAAGGAGGCGCCGGUGGCGGCCGUCACCUCGGGGCCUCCGCCCAAGGACGAGAACGUCACAAAGUUGGAGCUGGACGUCAAGCGACUGCGAGCCGACCUCAACUCGAGCCGGCAGACGGAGCAGGAGCUGCGCUCGCAGGUGUCCAACCUGGUCAUCCAGGAGCGCAACGCCCGCAACCAGCUGCAGCUGCUCCAGCUUGACAACGACAGCCUCCAGUCCAAGCUGCACAAUCUGGUAACGUGUCGGCAGCAGGACAAACAGACGGUGGUCACGCUGGAGAAGAAGGUGGCUGAAGAGAGGAAGCUUCGCCAGGGCCUGGAGUCUCAGCUGCAGCAGGAGAAGAAAAAGGUGGCGCAGGCGGCCGAGCAGGCGCCCCGCUGCACGGAGCAGUGUAAGGCGCGCCGCCGUGACCUCGAGGCCGAGACGCGCCAGCUGCGCCGCGAGAACAAGCAGUACGAGGACCGCGUGCGGUCAGCCGAGCGCGAGCUGCAGGUCAGUGAGGUGGGCCUGGCCGCGGCCGGCCGAGCUUCACGAGAUCAAGGACUGCAGAGCGACUCGGAGGUGCUGAUGUCGGCGCUGUCGGCCAUGCAGGAGAAGAACCCAGUACCUGGAGAAGAACCUCUCCUCGAGACGCGACUCAAGAUGGAUCUGUUCGCGGCGCUGGCGCAACUGUCCGCCAAGGACCGCGAGAUCUCGGACCUGCAUGCCAAGCUGGCCGAUGUGCUGUCCGUGAUGCCUGGCCUCUCGUCGGCCGGCGUCUCGGGCGAUCACAACGGCUACGGCGGCAUCGAGCCAUACCCGGGCGCCAACUCGGACCCUCUACGACCUCAAGAUGACGGCCGAGCCACCCAAGAGACGGGCGCCGCCGGCUUUGUGUUCUGA